CGUGGUGGCCCCAUGGCGUGAAUUUGGGUGCGGUCGGUAUCUCCCAUCAACAUGGAGCUGGUGCACGUGCUGGCAGUUUUUCGCCAUGGAGAUCGGUCACCGAUCACGGGCACGGUUGGGACCAACCUCACGAUGAGCGAGGACGAAACCCAAUACUGGACAACCGAGCUUGCUUCGGAAGCAACUUGCCUCCGCCUGAAUGAAAGGGUCAGAGUGCAAAGUUCUGGACCGCUGGCCGGCGGUGUAUGGCCGAGAGGCCAUCUCACAGAGAGAGGUGUCAACGACAUGACCCGUCUGGGAGUUGAAUUUCGCAAACGAUAUGCGGCGCUCGUGCCUCGAGAUCACGACCCUCACACCCUCAUCUACGCAUGUUCGACCAACAUCAGUCGCACCAUUCUGUCUGCGAAAAGCUUCCUCUCUGGCUUUUGCGGCGGUGAUAGAUUGUCCUCCGACAACCCCCUUGUCUUGCAUACUGUGGAGCCGAAAGACCUGACUCCCGUGCUCACUGGCCAAGAGUAUCGCCUCCGAGCACAACAGCUUCGACAACUUGCAUUGGCCACACUUCACGGCUACGCAGCUUUGGAAGUUGCAGUGAAACAGGUCAUUGGAAUCCGUGGGGCAGUCAAUUGGGCUUCUUUGCGAGAAGUGCUCGAUUGCCGCCACACUCACGAACUCCCGUUUCCAGAGGGAAUUUCUAGCGCCAUGUACGAUGCGAUUACUCGGCACGCAGCAUGGGAAUGGUACAUGUUCUACAGUGACCCUCAAGGGGGCCAACGAGGAUUCAUCCAAGCAAUGCGAAACUUCCAUGAUUUGCUUCGUGAUGCCAUCCUGACGACACCUCAGGGACGCCGAUUUACUCUCGUAUGCGCUCACGACAAUUCUCUUGUUGCCCUCGUGUGUGCGCUGCAGCUUCAUCAUUCGAGUGGGUUUGUACCACCGCCGUACGGGUCGACCUUGGUCGUGGAGAUCUAUCAGGACAAGUCGAACGGAACCCACCACGUCAAUGUUCAAUGGGACGGCAAGGCAAUGCGAUUCCCACAGCAAGAGACAUCGCUUGUGCCCAUUGAAGUUCUCCAUGCAGCCGUCGCAUCCUUCAUCCACGCCACAACGGCGUCCGCGCCGUCAACAUCUUCCAUGUAACUGUUUUAACCGUAAAGGCAAUUUGAUAUCCGGUUACAAGAAUUAUCCGGCGA